AACCGGCUGGUGGCCCCGCCCCAAGAAUCCUCCUCCCGGGGGCCCCCAGCCCGCCGCCCGCCCGGCCCGGUGGGUGGGCGCCGGGCCGCCUCCGGCGGUGACUCUGCAAUCUUGGCCCGGGGACUCUAGCGGGGACCCACCAACGGCGGCGGAGGCGGAGGCAACGGCGGGGACUUUGCCCAGUGAGGCGGACCGAGCGGACUGUGUGUCCGCGGGCGGGCCCCAGAGAUGUUGGCUUUCGCGGCCAGGACCGUGGUGAAGCCACUGGGCUUCCUCAGGCCCUCCUCCUUGAUGAAUGUCUCCAGCCGCUUCAAGGCCCACCAGGAUUCGCUGCCCCGGUUGCCCGUGCCCGCGCUCCACCAGUCCCUGGACCUCUACCUCAAGGCGCUGCAGCCCAUCGUGAGCGAGGAGGAGUGGGCCCAGACCAAGCAGCUGGUGGAAGAGUUUCAGACCGCGGGGGGUGUAGGGGAGCGCCUGCAGAAGGGGCUGGAGCGCAGGGCCAGGAAGACGGAGAACUGGCUGUCCGAAUGGUGGCUCAAAACAGCCUACCUCCAGUACCGCCAGCCCCUGGUCAUCUACUCCAGCCCUGGUGUGGCCCUGCCCAAACAGGACUUUGUGGACCUGCAGGGACAGCUCCGGUUCGCUGCCAAAUUCAUCGAGGGCGUGUUGGAUUUCAAGGCCAUGGUUGACAACGAGACCCUGCCCGUGGAGUACCUGGGGGGGAAGCCGCUGUGCAUGAACCAGUACUAUCAGAUCCUGUCCUCCUGCCGCGUGCCAGGCCCCAAGCAGGACACGGUCAUCAGCUUCAGCAAGACCAAGAAGCCGCCCAUGCACAUCACUGUGGUGCACAACUACCAAUUUUUUGAGCUGGAUGUGUACCACAGCGAUGGGACACCCCUGACAUCAGAUCAGAUCUUCGUGCAACUGGAGAAGAUCUGGAACUCGUCGCUGCAAACCAACAAAGAGCCCGUGGGCAUCCUCACCUCCAACCACCGCAACUCCUGGGCCAAGGCAUACAACACCCUCAUCAAAGACAAGGUGAACCGGGAAUCAGUACGCUCCAUCCAGAAGAGCAUCUUCACCUUGUGCCUGGACGCCCCCAUGCCCCGGGUCUCAGACGAUGUGUACCGCAGCCAUGUGGCCGGCCAGAUGCUGCACGGGGGCGGGGGCAAGCUUAACAGUGGCAAUCGCUGGUUCGACAAGACGCUGCAGUUCAUUGUGGCAGAAGAUGGCUCCUGUGGGCUUGUUUAUGAGCAUGCAGCAGCAGAGGGCCCCCCCAUCAUUGCCCUUGUGGACCACGUCAUCGAGUUCACGAAGAAGCCCGAGCUUGUGCGGUCCCCCAUGGUGCCCCUGCCCAUGCCCAAGAAGCUGCGGUUCAACAUUACCCCCGAGAUCAAGAGUGACAUUGAAAAGGCCAGGCAGAAUCUCAGCAUCAUGAUCCAGGACCUGGACAUCAUGGUGAUGGUGUUCCACCACUUUGGAAAAGACUUCCCCAAGGCGGAGAAGCUGAGCCCUGAUGCCUUUGUCCAGAUGGCCCUACAGCUGGCCUACUACCGGAUUUACAAACAGGCGUGCGCCACGUACGAGAGUGCCUCCCUGCGCAUGUUUCACCUGGGCCGCACCGACACCAUCCGCUCCGCCUCCGUGGACUCGCUGGCCUUCGUCAAAGCCAUGGACGACCCCAGCGUGUCGGAGCACCAGAAGGUGGAGCUGCUGCGGAAGGCCGUGCAAGCCCACCGAGCCUACGCCGACCAGGCCAUCCGCGGGGAGGCCUUCGACCGGCACCUGCUGGGCCUGAAGCUGCAGGCCAUUGAGGACCUGGUGAGCAUGCCCGACAUCUUUAUGGACACCUCCUACGCCGUCGCUAUGCACUUCAACCUCUCCACCAGCCAGCUGUGCCGAGACCAACGCAGCCCGCCUGGCGCACUACCUGGAGAAGGCACUCCUGGACAUGCGCGCACUGCUGCAGAACCACCCUCGGGCCAAGCUGUGAGCCCCCUGUGCUCAGGCCUGCCGGCGCCACAGCCACGCCCACCCCGGGAGUGGGCUGCCCACCAACGUUCCGCUCCUUUGCUCCCUCCCCACCGGGCCCUGCAGAUCUGACUAAUGCAGGGCCUGCAGGCCUGAGCCAGGGCCUUCCAUGGGGUCAUCCCCAGCAUUUGCUGGGCCCAGGUCCUGGGCUGAGUUCAGAGGCUGAGUAGGACAGAAGGCCCUGGCGCCCAGCGCGUCACCCAUGAGCCCACCUCCAGGGGAAGGAGCCCAAAGAGCCCGUCCCUCGCUAGGGCAGCAGACUGGGAAGUCCUUUUCUUGCUAGCUCAGCUCUAGCCAGCCCCCUGCCCUCUACACUGCUGGCUCCUAAGGAUCUAGAGCCAGGACUCUCUAGAGCCAGGGGCUCCAGGCCUCCCCGAGGCUGAGGCCAGGGUGCAGGGUGUGCUGGUAAGGGAAACCCAAGGCCUCAACGCGGCCCACCCUGCAUGGCAGUACCGUCUUCCCCGGGGGGGAGGGGGGUUGCUGUGCUCUUUUGGAUCAUGUGGCCCCUGAGCCCCGACUCACUUGCUUCCACUCAGCUUGAUUCCUGAACCAUGUUGAUGGUUGUAUAACAGUAACAUGCAAGGUGAUUAAUUAAUAAAGCAGAAAUUUGUCGGUG